ACCCAGAAUUGUGCCAGCAGGCCGAGGGCUGGGAUCAAGCCUGAUCGCUGAGCAGGUGAGUAGCUACGUGGCGGAGGCUGGAUGUCUUUGGAGAUCAGCUGCCUUCCCACUUGUUCCAUUGCUAGGUCCUGCUUGGAGCGUCCCCUUGCAGAAUCCAGGGAGGUUGUUGUCCCCGCUCUCAGGGAUUAACUGUAUCCACCUUCCCCAUCUGGGGAUGGCAGGGAAGAGUCCAAUUCCCAGGUACGCCGGGUUCAUCUCUCUGGCACACAUCCAAGGCAUUGCUUUGACGAGGGUGUCUCUCAACUCCUGUCUGCCUGUAUUUCCUCCCUGAUGUCAGGGAUGGCUUUCUGUGCAAAGUCUCCCCCUUCCUCCCCACUCCCGACCCCGAUUCUAGAAAAGCAGCUUUGUCAGGAAACCUUGCUCCGAUUCCUGAUUUGAGUCCGAAGGUACCUUGAUUCUGGAUAGUACAGGUUCAGAAACUGAGCUGGUCAAUUUCUUUGCGAUGGGAGCAUUCGGUUGAAAAAUACAGCGCCCGAUUUCAUCAGCGUCCGAUUGUUUUGUGGGAACACGCUGAUUUUGAUGGCCUUUUCCACGGGAACAAGUCAAAAUGUUUCAUUUCAACGUUAGCGAGACAAGGUGGGUGAGCUCAUCUCUUUUAUCGGACCAACUUCUAGGGCAGACAUGGCUACCACAGCAUUCCAACGUUAUCUCUUUAUUUGGGCACGUGUAUGAUAGCAAAAUAUUCAUUUGCAUGUUAUUAUACUUUAGAUAUUCUAUUUAAUAUUAUGUAUAAUCUAGUUACUAAUAAGUAGGAUAGAAAGAUCAGAAGAUAAAGACAAAAUGAGACUUGACAGCAGCUUUCAUAGAAUAUCAGGGUUGGAAGGGACCUCAGGAGGUCAUCUAGUCCAACCCCCUGCUCAAAGCAGGACCAAUCCCCAAUUUUUGCCCCAGAUCCCUAAAUGGCCUCCUCAAGGAUUGAACUCACAACCCUGGGUUUAGCAGGCCAAAGCUCAAACCACAGAGCUAUCCCUCCCCCCAGAAUAAAACAUCUUGACUAGAGCUGGUGAAAUUUCUGGGCAAAAUAUUUUUCUGGUGGACAAAGCAGCUUCGGUGACCCCAAAACAUUUAAGGGAUUUGCGUCUAUUUGGCUAAAUUGUGAGGAGGCGGGGGGAGAAAAACCUUCACAUUGUUUGAAAAGCAUCAAAAUGUUUCAGUUGGAGAUUUUUUAAAUGAAAAUUUUUGGCUGCUGGUUUCUUUGGGUUGAAAUAACUUUUCAUUUAGAAAGUCCCUCUGGCUUUGUUUUGAAAAACCCACCCCUUUAAAAAGCGCCCAAACUGGAACGAAACAUUUCGCUUCUGGUCAACCCUAAUGUUCCGCUUGCCUCCAGAUAAUUAGCCACGGUGACUUGAUGAUGUGCCAGAAAUUUUACAAACUGCAUUUUUUCAUUCAGCCCAAAAUAAAUCCCCCCUCCCCAGAAUUGUCGGCAAGCCGGGGGCGGGGGUGGGGGAGAAAUCAUUAUUUGCCCUGGUCUACUUUUGACCCUUUUGAAACAAAAUAAUUCGGUGGCCCCGAGCUGAAAUAGCUCGGCAUUUGCAUUUUGCGGGGAAGUUUGGCUUUUUGUUCCAAUUCAGAACAAUUCCCCUCCCCCCCCCAACCCCCGCAAAAUGUUAGGAUUUCCCGUGGAAUGGAAACACCCCAUUCCCAACCAGCUCUAGUGGACUCAGGGCCAGAUUCUGACCUCUGUGAAUCCAGUGUAAAUCCGGAGUGAUCCCACUGAUAUCAAUGGAGGCAGGGCCAGAUUCUGAUCUCAGUGACCCUGGUGUAAAUCCAGAGUGACCCCACUGAUAUCAAUGGAGUCAGGGCUGGAUUCUGAUCUCAGUAACCCCGGUGUAAAGCCCGACAGACACCACUGAUAUCAAUGGAGUCAGGGCCGGAUUCUGAUCUCAGUGACCCCAGUGUAAAGCCCGACAGACACCACUGAUAUCAAUGGAGUCAGGGCCGGAUUCUGAUCUCAGUGACCCCAGUGUAAAGCCCGACAGACACCACUGAUAUCAAUGGAGUCAGGGCCAGAUUCUGAUCUCAGUGACCCCUGUGUAAAUCCUGACAGACACCACUGAUAGUGAUGGCAUCUGGGCUAUAUUCUGAUCCCAGGGACUCUGGUGUAAAUCCGGAGUGACCCCACUGAUGUAGAUGGAGUCAGGGCUGGAUUCUGAUCUCAGUGACCCCGGUGUAAAUCCAGAGUGACCCCAAUGGAAUCAGGGCUCAAUUCAGAUCGAGGGUCAAUGUGGAGUGAAGCUAUCUCCCCGCCCGUGGCAUUCCCACUCGAGGUUUCCUGUGUAUCACUCUAUUAUCUGUCUCUCACACUCUUCCCAUCCCUCACUCCCUGGAGGGUUCCCUCUCUCAACAAUCUCCUCUCCCCACGCUCUCUCCUCUCUCUCUGUCAGUCCAUCUGCCUCCCACCCCGGCUCGCUCUUUAUCCCUCUCACCGGGUUUCCUCUCCCAGGUAAGGCCUCCUCAGACACGCUGACCCUACACGUCUCGAUGGCUCCCAGGCUCGCGGGGCAUCUCUGGAGGACAGUGGGACACGGUUGCCUUCUCCUCCUGCUGAUUUCCAGGGCUGUUACCUCCAUCCAAUGCCAACCUGAGCCAUCAGGCGCUGGCGAUUGCCCCCAUGCCCACUGUUCUGUGUCCAGGGGCAGCUCCUUGUGCAUCCCGCUUCACCUGCCCGCCACCCUGGACCUUUACAAGUGGCAUAAUUCCACGGGGACAUGGGACCACGUCUACACCUUCAUCAACGGGACAUCACACCAGCUGCUGCGUUCCUUCCGAGUGCGGGUCUCUGUGUCCGGGGGUGACUUCAUGGUGCAGGGCGUACACAGCGGGGACGGGGGAGUCUACAGGUUCCAAGAUCUGGAUGCGACCUGCCUGGCCCGGCUCCAUCUGGUGGUGUUGGAACCUGUGGAUUGGAGAUGGUACCUGCUCCUUCUCAUUCCAGUUUCGGCGGUUCUAGCCCUUGUGGGCUGGAAGAUAAAAGGAUGUGUGAGGGCGAGGAUAGCCGUGGGUGACCAAGAAGGUGGAGACAGAAGGCCGUAGAUGUGACCAGGGAUCCCCCAAAAUCAUCCUGUCGCUGUUUGUGUGUGUUGGGGACACAGAGGUCUCCCCACCACUCCCUUAAUUAUCCACACAGCUGAAGGCUGGUCUCCGUAGGAGUUCUACCCGGGUAACACACGCAGUGGUGAAUCCACAGCUGUGUGUGCGUAGUCACACACUUCCAGUAGCGCUGGUGCAAGCUGAGCCGUGCCUCCGUGCGUGGUGCAUUGCAUUGUGGGUAGUUAACCCAGGUGCUCCAUGGCCCACUGGGUAAAUUUUGCACUAGAUUGUGGGAUAGUUCCAGGAGGCCAGCGGGGGUUGCCUCCAUGCUGUAUCCCAGAAUUCACCUCGGUAAUUUUUGCACUGCAUUGUGGGACACUUCUCAGAGGCCCAGAGCACCCGUGAGAAAAGGGAUCAAAGGACCACAGUUUCCCCCUGCCCGCCUUCCCCAUAUCCCAGAAUUCACUUGGUGUGCAUGACACUUCCAAACUGAUCUCUGACCAUGGAGCUCCAGGUCCUACUGAAACAGUAAACCAGUGCAGGCAUAGUGGAGUGCCCACAGUGUGGUGGUGGUCUCUGGAGUCAUGCAAGCCAAAAUACCCCUUGGGAUGUUGACUCUGAGCCCUAAUGAUGGUACUUGACAAGUCAACAUGCUUAAGGGGUUGGUAAACUUCAUUUGAGAGGGAGGCUGACCUUGUGUUACAGGACUGUAGUCUAUCCCCAGUUCUGCCAUAGCCUCCCCGUGUAACCAUGGGUAAUUACUGCAUUGCUCAGUGCCUCAGUUUCCCCCUCUGUAAAAUGAGGAUAAUAAGCCUUUCAUGUAUUUAGAUGAUAAGCCUUGCAGGGUAAAGACUGUCAGUAAGGUUCUAGGGCAUCUGGUACAAUGGCUGAUCUUGGUUGGCGUGACCAUAAUAUAAAUAAUAAGGGAGAGAGAACAUUGUCAUCACAGAAGAUGCAAAUUGCCCCUCAAUGGGGCCUGGCCACCACACUGCCCUGCUCAGAUCAGCUUGUGAUGCAGAGUGUGACGGUCCACUCCAUCGGAUUUUAUGAAAAUAUGCUAAUGAGUGUGAAUAUAAUGUAACUGGAAUAUGCUUCAGGCAAAAGAUUUCUUGUAAGGUAUCAUUACAAAGCUUAUA